AGAGACCCUAGAGCCAAGAGUCUCGGCCAAGCUGGGAGAUCUCAAAAAAAAAAAGCAAAGAGAAAGCCUCUAGUUCUGUUCAUCUCUUUAAUCGUGUCUGCACUUUGAAGUCGUCAAAAACUUCUAAGGCUUUUUGUCAACCAAGCUCAACUAACACAGUGAGCAUCUUUAAGUUCACACAACCUUCCCUUCUUUCUCCUCUCACCCAUGACAUUACAGUGACUGAAGCCACCUCCGAUUCUAUAACAAAGAAGUGACCAACACUAAUUUUCCGGCAAUUCCAACUUUUACAGCUACUUUCGAUACUGUUGAAGGAGACGGCUAGGCGAAUUUCGCUGCCAUUUCUGAAAAUUCGAUUUAGAUAGGCAAGUGAAAUGAAAAUGGGUUAUGCUUGAGAUCUUGUUCGUGUUCGAGGAGUCGGGGUUCCCAAUUUGUUCGAGCCUUGGUCUGCGGAUUCUUGUUGGCUUAUUCCGAUUUUGUUCGAGUCCUGGCGUCAGCUUUUGCUUGUGUCUUUUCUUUCCAAACAGAGAAUCGUUAAAGGCUAUUCAGGGAAUGGUAUUCAAGUUUGAGGAUCUUGAGAUGACACCCACCUUAGCUGAGAUAGCCGGGUUAACCCGCCUGCCAUACCUAGACAAGGAUUUGAUUUACACAAGGGCUCAUUCAAGCACCAAGUUCCUUAAGAUCAUAGGGAUGGAUUUGGAAGAUCACAUGGGGUGUCUAGAUCAAUCUUGGUUAUCUUUGGACUUUUUAUUCGAGAGGUUUGCUCGUCAUACUGGGUAUGAGACCUUCGUAGAUGAAUUUACCAUAUCAUAUGAUUCUUGGAAGAAGAGGCGUCCUAUGGUCUUUGCUAUUGUAUUGUUGGGUCUCUUGGUAUUUCCUUUGGAGGGUAGACAUAUUAGCACGCAUCUGGGGUUAAUAGCCUUUGCACUCUUCCAUGAUAAACACAAUAGUAAAGUCACCUUGGUUCCGACAAUUUUGGCAGAGAUCUAUCGUGCUUUGACCAGUAUUCGAGAAGGUGAGAGGUUCUUUGAGGGAAGAAAAUUGUUGCUACAGCUGUGGAUGAUGGAACACUUACAUCCCGCCACCAUGUUUGAGAAAGAUAUGAUUGACCGUUGUCUGAGAGAUCGAGUGAAGUGCAUCGAGCAUAGGAUGGCGUUCGAUAAGUUUGCCUUACCACUCAGAGUUCAGGAUUGGGUUGAUUAUUUAGGAUCCUUGACUGAAGAGAAGAUUUUGUGGUCAUACCAAUGGAUUGAUUUGGACGUGAUCUUAGCAGGGUCUCGUGUGCAAGACUUCUUGGUACUGAUCGGACUUUGGUGUACUAGACCAUAUACCCCUACUAGAGUGAUGCGUCAGUUAGGGAGGCGACAAAAAGUCCCCUACAUUCCUGAUUCUCGUGACUUCAUUAGGGAAUUUGACACUAAGCCGCAUAGGGAGGUCGAUAUUUAGACCCAUUAGCGGCAUGCAAUGAAUAUGGGUAGGGAUACUUUAGCUACUGACCCGCAUUCACCUGGGUAUACCCAUGAGUACUUCAUAUGGCUACAGUAUACUUAAUGGGGGGUUAGCAGGCCAUUGCCCCGACGUGUUAGAGGAGUAUUUGACGAGGAGGCCACCUCACGGAUAUUGCUUAGAUAGUUGAUGGAUCAAUUUACCCAUGCAGAGGAGGCCCAUGCAGCAGAAAAGGUUGGGGUUCGAGCUACACUUCAGUCACUGAGAUCACAGAUGACAGGGUUGGUAGAGAACAUGAGAUAACACCGUGAGUACCUUACUAAAGUCAGCCUUCCAGAUGCAGGCACGCGUUCCGGGAUUAUCAUUCCUAGCUUUGAGGUGUCCUUGCAGGGUAUAGUGCAGAGCUUAGAUUCGACAGGAUUGACGGGGCCAUCCGGAUCUUCAUCGGACCCGUCCCAGCCAGGACCGUCGCAUUCAGGAGCAGUUUGAGGAGUCAUUCUAUUUAGAUGUUUUGAGAUUGUCUUAUGUUGUCCUUUACUUUCGUGUCUUGUCUAGGAGUAAUGAGUCCUUUAGGUAGUGUCGGAGUCUGUCAUAGUGUAGUUGAGUCUGUCAUGUUUUUCAUUAUCGUAAUUCCCAUUGUAUUUUAAUAUCGAAACGUUUUCAAAUGAAAAAUCCCAAAAAAGAUUUUAUUUUUAGUUUAUUUUCCAUCACUUUUCCUGAACUAUGCUCGGUCUCAUUCAUGAGGGACAUGAUACGUAGGCAACCUACAUCGGUUUCAAUCAAAUCAUUUUUGAUUCAAAAAGAGAGAGAGAGAGAGAGAGAGAGAGAGAGAGAGAGAGAGAGAGAGAGA